UUUCGUAAUCUGCACAGACAUAGACUGAUUUCUUGUCUCAGAUUAGACUCAAACAAAUACAAAGCUUGAGAGUUGGGUGUUGUUUGAGUGUAUUUAUGGCAUUUGCUGCGGUAGGAGGAGCUGGUCUAGGAGCGGUAUUUGGAGCGCUGCUUGAUGGCGUUAUAGCAGUGACGUCAGAGGCUACAAUGUUUGAAACCCACCUCAGAGAUCUCAAAUGCACCCUAGACUUGUUUCAACAAGUGGAUGAAGAUGUAAGGCAACAUCCCAACAUAUUGUUUCGCCCAAUGCAGGGCCUAGAAAGGUUUGAAAUACAAAUGGAGAAGGGUGUUCAGCUCGUUGAAAAGUGCUCCAAGGUUUGUCCAUGGAAGCCGAACGUGUUCAAUAAGCGGUACACCAGAAAACUUAUUGCAUUGGAUACAUCUCUUAGAACACUGUUAAGUGUACUGACAGCGCACAUAGCAAGUGACCUGAGGGCUCGGGUUAUCAAUGUGGCGACAGUGGUGAACCAUAUCGAUGCGAAUAUUGCGGCACAAAACCAAAAUGUAAAUCAAAUUAAAGGUUGGUCUGCAAUACCUGAGCCUCCACCCUUUACAGUUGGAUUGGAUGUGCAUGUGGAGGAGUUGAAGUUGGAGCUUCUUAAGGACGAGGCAUCAAUGCUUGUGCUGACUGGUCUUGGAGGAUGCGGGAAAACCACACUGGCACAAAAGGUUUGCGAAGAUCAGAAAGUCAAAGAGAAAUUCAGGAGCAAUAUCUUCUUUGUCGUUGUUUCAAAGAGAACCAACUGCCUUGUUGUACAAGAACUGUGUCAAAAAAGGGGAUCCCUGGUACCUGCUCUCCAAGAGGAAGCAAUUGCCUUUAACUGGCUGCAAGAAUUUCUGAAGAAAACAGGACAGGAUCCUCUACUUUUGGUCCUGGAUGAUGUAUGGCUAGGAUCAGAAUCCCUUCUUGAUAAGUUUGGUCAAUUCAAAAGGCCAAAUUACAACAUAUUGGUGACAUCAAGAUUUCAAUUUCCAAGAUUUGGCCCUGCAUAUCCGUUAGGAACAUUGGAACAAGGAGAUGCAAUGACUCUUUUUCGUCAUGCAGCAUCCCGACCAGAUAGGAGCUUUGAUAUUCCGGAAGAUCUAGCGAAACAGAUAGUUCAGCUCUGUAAGGGAUUUCCACUUGCCAUUACAACGAUCGGAAGAUCAGUUUGCGAACGGCCAACAGAGAUCUGGAAGAAAAGAGUAGCGGAAUUGUCUAGAGGUUCUUCAAUUCUUGAUUCUGAGGAUUAUUUGUUUGCUUGCCUCAAAAGUAGCUUAGAUGCCUUGGAUGAACGGUUGGCUGUCAUCAAGGAAUGCUUCAUUGAUCUUGCUUCAUUUCCUGAAGACAGAUGUAUCCCUGCUGUUGCUCUCAUUGAUAUGUGGGCAGAGUUAUAUGGGCUAGAUGAGGACUUUUGGUCCAUUGCACACAUCCACGAGCUAACCAAUCGUAAUUUGGCCAAUCUAGUUUCAAGGAAUGGGAAGAUGGAGAUGGAUGGCUAUUACAGUGAACACUUUGUUACCCAGCAUGACAUGCUUAGAAAUCUUGCUAUCCAUCAGACUGGUCAAGAUGAAAUUGGACAGGAGAAAAGGCUGAUUAUAGAAAUUUGUGGUGACAAUCUCCCUAAUGGGUGGACAGAACAGAAGGAUAAACCCAAAAAGACCCGGUUAUUGUCUAUCUCAACUGAUGGAUUGUCCUCAGCAAAAUGGCACGACAUGCAUCUACCAAAAGCUGAGGUUCUAGUUCUGAAUUUUCAGACAGAGAACUAUGUUCUGCCCAAGUUUGUGAAGAAAAUGUCCAAGUUGAAGGUUCUAAUAGUCACAAAUUGUGGUGUCUUACAAGCUGACUUGAGUAAUUUCAAGCUUUUGGGUUCUUUGGCUAAUCUGAAGAGAAUAAGAUUGGAGCGCAUUUCAAUUCCUUCCAUAAGCAAGAACUCCAUGCAGUUGAAGAGUCUGCAGAAGAUAUCUUUAUUCAUGUGCAGCAUCGGUCAAGCUUUUAGCAACUCUUCCAUCCAAAUCUUAGAGGCAUUUCCAAAUCUAGUGGAAAUGAACAUCGACUAUUGCAAUGAUUUGGUGGAAUUGCCUGCCAAGCUCUGUGAUCUUAUCCGCCUAAAGAAGCUCAGUAUUACCAAUUGUCAUAAGCUAUCUGCCUUGCCUAAAGAGAUUGGAAAGCUGGUCAAUUUGGAGGUAUUAAGGCUAAGGUCCUCCACAGAGUUGGAAAGGCUUCCAGGCUCGAUUAAGAACCUAAACAAGUUAAGCUUUCUUGACAUAUAUAAUUGUUCGAGCAUUAAGAAGCUGCCUGAAGAGAUUGGUGAAAUGAGUAGUUUAAGAAAGAUCAACAUGGGACAAUGCUCAAGACUGCAAGGGUUGCCUCAAUCAGUUUUGAAUCUUGGGGAGUUACGGGAACUGAUAUGUGAUGAAGAGACAGAAAACUUAUGGGGGGAGCCUUUCAAAUCCAGUCUCAUAAACAUAAACAUAACAGUGGCAAAAGAACAACACAACCUUAAUUGGCUCUACUGCAAGCCUUGAGAGCUGACUGUCCUUAACAAAUGUUGGUGCAAUGUCUCUGUGAUUUGUGUUUCCAUAUUUCUUUUUCCUACUUUUCUUCUCUUUUACGUUUUUUGGUUUUCAUUUUGCGUUGUAAAAACAAAGUGAAUGAGAGGAUUUGGAUUUACCACCA